AUGCACGCGUGCUUCCAUGGCGGCGGCGGCAACAGCAGCAGGAUCACCAAGUCCGUCGGCUUCAUCGCCAAGAGCAUGAAGGCCCUGUCCCUCCUAAAGGUGAAGACGACGGGCGACGGCGAGGGCGACGGCCACCCGCGCGCGCCGCGGCGUCGGCGGCGACGGCAUCGGAGGCGCUCCCCGGAGGCGGCCGAGGAGCUGCAGGACAAGGACGUCGCGGCGGCAUCCUCGCCGGCGUCCUCGUCCGCCAAGAUCGCGCCAGCGCAGCCGCACGAAGCCGCCGACGGUGACCGUCGGAAAGAUCGCCUCCACCUGGACGAGGAGCAGGGGCAAGGAGGAGCGAAACAUGAGCACUGCGACAAGUGCUGCUCGCCGUUGGACGACGACGACGGCGCUGGCGAUGCGGAGGCCGCCGCGGGUACGGCGGACGCGGCAAGUGACGGGGAGUGGGCGGCGGAGCCGGAGCCCGGUGUGCUGAUGACGCUGGUGUCGCGCGGCGACGGCAGCAACUACCUCCGCAGGAUCCGGUUCAGCGAGGAGUACUUCGGCGACGCGUGGGCGGCGCAGACCUGGUGGGCGGACAACUGCGACAGCAUCGUCGAGCUCUACAGCGUCGUCGUCCAGCCCGAGCACCACUCGCAGGACGGCGACGACGACGAUCCGGCGGCGCCCGUAACCCCAUGCCAAUCCGAGAACGACGAGCACCAACUGCAGGAUGGGAUUGGGAACUUGGACUACUCGGCGUCGUGCUCGGCGUCCGCGUCGGGAGGUUCCACUUCCAACUUCUCCGGGCCGUCCAGCGGCAGCGGCAGCGGGUCGGCCAACAAGGUGGACUCUCCAAUUCUCGGCCUCGUCACCGAGGCCGACAGCAUCACAAGAACAGCCCGGGCGGAGCACAGCCAUAAAGCAAUGGGACAAGAACAGUGA